UCUGGUGACACAGCAUGACAGAAGGGAACCAAACUGUCAUCUCCCAGUUCCUCCUCCUGGGCCUGCCCAUCCCCCCAGAGCACCAGCACCUGUUCUAUGCCCUGUUCCUGGCCAUGUACCUCACCACUGUCCUUGGGAACCUCAUCAUCCUCAUCCUCAUUCAACUAGACUCCCGUUUCCACACACCCAUGUACUUCUUUCUCAGCAACUUGUCCUUCUCUGACCUCUGCUUUUCCUCUGUCACAAUGCCCAAGUUGCUGCAGAACAUGCAGAGCCAAGUUCCAUCCAUCCCCUAUGUGGGUUGUCUGACACAAAUGUAUUUUUUCUUGCUCUUUGGAGACCUUGAGAGCUUCCUCCUCCUAGCCAUGGCCUAUGACCGCUAUGUGGCCAUCUGCUUCCCCCUUCAUUACACCAGCAUCAUGAGCCCCAAGCUCUGUGGGAGUCUGGUGGUGCUGUGCUGGGUGCUGACCACAUUCCAUGCCAUGCUGCACACCCUGCUCAUGGCCAGAUUGUCAUUCUGUGAGGACAACGUGAUCCCCCACUUUUUCUGUGACAUGUCUGCUCUGCUGAAGCUGGCCUGCUCUGACACAUAUGUUAACGAGUUGGUGAUAUUUGUCAUGGGAGGCAUCAUUCUUGUCCUUCCGUUUGUGCUCAUCACGGUAUCCUAUGCACGAAUUGUCUCCUCCAUUCUCAAGGUCCCUUCUGCUCGAGGUAUCCGUAAAGCCUUCUCCACCUGUGGCUCCCACCUGUCUUUGGUGUCUCUGUUCUAUGGGACAGUCAUUGGUCUCUACUUAUGUCCAUCAGCUAAUAACUCUACUGUGAAGGAGACUGUUAUGGCCAUGAUGUACACAGUGGUGACUCCCAUGCUGAACCCUUUCAUCUACAGCCUGAGGAACAGAGACAUGAAGGGAGCACUGGGAAGAGUUAUUUGUAAGAAGAAAAUUCUUUUCUGCCUGUGA